AUGGAUGCUGACUAUGACUCUAGCAAGCCUGCCGGAUGGAAAAGAAGACAACCAUUAGUAGAGCCACUACGGGCUUCAAACCUCACUUCUCACGUCCAUGGAGUUGCUAUCAUCAUGUACCUGAAUAAAGAGGAGGAUUUUAUGCAGCCGGAAGAAACAAAAGAUGUGGCUUACCUGCUCGGACAGCUGGGGAGGUUUGUUACUCGCAAUGAGGUCCUGAUAAGACAGAAAAAGGCUCCGACCGAGAGUAUCGUAUCAAGAGAAGAGAUACUUGAGGUACUCUCGGUGGAACAGCGGCUCAUCUUCGGUGGCAUGGGGCCGCAAUAG